AUGACCACCAUUAGCACCACCACCGCUUCUUCUUCUUCUUCUUCUCGUGGUCGAGUUUUUCAUCGUCGCACGCAUCAAAGUCGUCGUCGUCUUUUGAGAACAACAGAAGUCGUGCAAGCGCAAACGUCAUCAUCCAAUGAUGCGAUGGAAGAAGAAACGUUCGACGUGGUGAUAAUCGGUUCAGGCAUCGGCGGCUUAUCCGCUGCCGCGUUACUGGCGAAAUACGACUUGAAAGUCUGCUGCGUUGAGUCGCACGAGCACGCCGGAGGUGCCGCGCACGAGUGGAAAAGAGAUGGAUUUACGUUCGAAUCCGGACCGAGUUUAUACACCGGUCUCUCUCAGUUUCCCACGAGCAAUCCGCUGGGGCAGAUAUUACACGCGAUCGACGAACCGUUGAAAUGUAUUCGAUACAACACGUGGAAAGUGCACUUUCCGGAGGCAACGUUCGUCACGGAAGUAGGAAACGAUCAAUUCAUCGAAUGUUUAGAGAAAUAUUACGACGCCGAAGCAGUCGCGGAUUGGCGAAAAUUGAAGGAGAAGAUGGAACCGUUGGCGCAAGCGAGCGCGGCGUUACCACCCGCCGCGGUGAGAACAGACGCAUACGCGGCGUGGACUUUAGCGAGAUUUAUCCCGGGGUUGUUUCAAUCGAUGCCGAGUUUGAACGCGAUUUUAUCGGAUUACGAAUCGUUUCUGGAUAAGAACGACAUCAACUCGAAGUUUAUUCGAGAUUACAUGGAUUUACUCUGCUUCUUGCUUUCCGGUGGGACGUCCAAAGCGACGAUGGGCGCAGAAAUUGGGUACAUGUUUGCAGACUGGUACGCUCCAAAUGCUGCGUUAGAGUUUCCAAUCGGUGGAUCCGGCGCGCUCGUCGAUUGCUUAGUGAGAGGUUUUGAAAAAUACGGCGGCGAUUUGCGGUUGCGAACUCACUGCGAAGAGAUUUUAGUGGAGAAGAAAGACGGAGAAGAAGAAGAAGCGACUGGGAUUGUCACGAAAACGAGAGACGGGAAGAAGAAGAUCUUAAGAGCGAGAAAAGCGGUGAUUUCAAACGCGACGAUUUGGGAUACCGAGGCGCUUUUGAGAGAUUGCGCGGAAGGGAGGCGCCAGAGCGUGCGGGAAGCGUCGUCUACGACUAGAACAACUAAAAGCGGGAAAAUAGUCGACGACGACGUCGAAUUUUGCCAAUCGUUCAUGCAUUUACACCUCGGCAUUGACGCCGCAAAUUUACCAGCUGCGGAAACACUGGAAAUGCACCACGUGUGGGUCGGUGAUUGGGACAAAGGCGUGGACGCGGAGCAAAAUCUCGUCUUGGUCUCGAUACCGUCGAUUAAAGAUCCGUCCAUGGCGCCGGAAGGCAAACACGUGAUUCACGCCUACACUCCCGGGAACGAGCCUUUGGCGCGUUGGAAGAACGUGAAAUAUAACUCAGAAGAAUACAGUAAAUUGAAGAAAGAACGAAGCGAAGUGUUAUAUCAAGCUGUUGCGAAAGCGUUGAAUAAUAUCACCGUCGAGGAUUUGAGAAGCCGCGCAGAAAUUGAGAUGGUUGGUACGCCUGUUACGCACGCGCGCUUUUUACGAAGAGGAAAUUCUCAAGGCACGUACGGCGGCACCGGGUGGAUAAAGAAAAAAGAAUCCGGAGAUGACUCCGCGGCCGCGGUUCCCGUGACUUCCGCCAAGAGUAAUUUGAAAAAUUUAUUGUUAGUGGGAGAUUCCCGAUUCCCUGGCCCGGGUCUUCCAGCUGUCGCUGCGGGCGGUUGGGCGGCUGCCCACGAGCUCUAG